AUGCCGUUUGUUGAGCGUGCACGUUUACUAUCCUUAUUACCUCGUACAUGGAAGUAUGACCAAAUAAAAGCAACAUUUAACUGCUCCGAUCAUGCUAUUAAAACUGCACAUAAAAUGCUAGAAUUGGAACAGUAUAUGAUAAAAUUAGAUAAUCAAAAAUAUUUCAGGCAAAAGGCUGUUGUUGGUCGUGGACGAAGUUUGAUGCUAUCUGAUUUUUUAGUCUGCCACCCAAGUGGCCCAUUUCUAACUCUUUCACAAACAGAAUUUAAGAAAGCUGUCCAAAAAUAUCCAUCGUUGAAAGAAGAACACGGUGUGAAUUAUAUUGAAAAUUCAGCCUCUGCCAGUAUUCGGCUGGGUAAAGAUGCUUAUUUUACAAGUGAAACAAUUCUGAAACAAUUCGAAAGAGUCGGACAGCUAUUGAAUUUAAAGAGGACUUCCAGGGACAAGAGAUCACGGUCCUGGUCGAUAACGCCAGGACGCACACAGCAGUCAAUUACAGUGUUUACGAUUUCGCUGAUUCCUUGUCAUUUUGAACAUGGUCCAAAUGUGGGAAAAACCAAAGGUUUAUUAGAACUGGCAAAAGAUCUAAAUGUCAAUGUUCCAGCUGGAUGUUUAUUGCCAGAACUGCGAGAUUUGUUGAGCCAACAUCCGGCUUUUAAAACAAGCACAAAACUUAAGCAACUUGGCAUCAAGUAUAAAAUGGAAGUUGGGUACUUCCGCACAGGUCCGCCCACUUUAUACACGACUUAA